GCUCUCGCGAUAUUCUGGUGUCAAACGACGAUCAGUCUGCGCAUCGCUGCAUGAAGGCCAACGUCCAAUAGGGAGACGCAUUGACGUCACAGGGUCUCGUGAACAGCAGGACCAAACGAGCAACAUCCCUGAGCUCAAGCCGCCAAAUAACGCAUUGAUUAAAGAUAAGAUGGCCACCUCCUCCUCAUCCAAUUUGGAAGAAGACGAAAGUCUCAAAGGCUGCGAGGUUUUUGUGCAGAAACACAACAUACAGCAGAUCCUGAAAGAGUGCAUCGUCAACUUGUGCAUCGCCAAGCCGGAGCGGCCCUUGAAGUUCCUGCGGGAACAUUUCGAAAAGCUGGAGAAGGAAGAAUGCAAGCAGAUCAUGGCCCGUCAGAAGUCCAACUCGCAGUCGGACUCUCACGAUGAUGAAGUUUCUCCUCCUCCUCCAAAUCCGGUGGUGAAGGCCCGACGCCGGAGAGGCGGGGUCAGUGCUGAGGUCUACACGGAGGAAGAUGCCGUCAGCUACGUUAGAAAGGUCAUUCCUAAGGACUACAAGACUAUGACAGCUCUGGCUAAAGCCAUUUCUAAGAAUGUGCUUUUCGCCCACCUGGAUGACAAUGAAAGAAGUGAUAUAUUUGACGCCAUGUUCCCGGUCACACACAUUGCUGGGGAGACGGUCAUCCAACAAGGUGAUGAAGGAGAUAACUUCUACGUGAUUGAUCAAGGAGAAGUUGAUAAAUCGAGAUUCAUCAGACCAGGCAACAUUUUUCCAGUCUUCAACCGUCCAAUUUUGGUGUAUGUAAACGGAGAAUGGGUGACCAGCAUUGGAGAGGGGGGCAGUUUCGGAGAGUUGGCUCUGAUCUAUGGGACACCCAGAGCUGCCACUGUUAAAGCAAAGACUGACCUGAAGUUAUGGGGUAUAGACAGAGACAGCUAUCGACGGAUCCUCAUGGGAAGCACGCUGAGGAAGAGGAAGAUGUAUGAAGAGUUUCUGAGUAAAGUGUCCAUACUUGAAUCUCUUGAUAAGUGGGAGAGGUUGACGGUGGCCGAUGCCCUGGAGCCUGUGCAGUUUGAAGAUGGAGAGAAGAUUGUCGUUCAGGGAGAACCUGGAGAUGACUUCUUCAUAAUAACAGAGGGCACAGCGUCUGUUCUGCAGCGCAGGUCUGAUAACGAAGAAUACGUUGAAGUGGGCCGCCUGGGUCCGUCUGACUACUUUGGCGAGAUAGCCCUGCUGCUGAACAGACCUCGGGCGGCCACUGUUGUGGCUAGGGGACCGCUCAAGUGCGUCAAACUGGACCGGCCGCGUUUCGAGCGCGUCCUCGGGCCUUGCUCCGAGAUCCUUAAGAGAAACAUCCAGAGAUACAACAGCUUCAUUUCUCUCACUGUCUAACCCGACCAUCUGAAACGUGUGUCUGAGGUCAAAGACCUCCAUCAGGUGACUCGGGUGCCUGGUUGCAUAAAACGAUUUGUAAAGUAAUUCAUCGGUUUUGCUUAAAUCGCUAGCUUAAUUAUAAUUGAGUGAGUUUCUCUGUUUAUUAAAACACGCUGUCGAUAUUAAACACCUAAGUUAUUUUAUGCAGCCAAGCAAUUUGUCGUUUUAUUUUGCAAGAAGCACAAGUGCUCCACUCUUCUGCUCUUUUACUUAAGUGAUUUUUAUUUCCGUAUGUACACUUGGAAUCGACCAGCGCUGUCACAAAGCUUUAUUUGUGCUGGAAAUGAUGUGUCCAGACAGACUGAAAUGAAUAUCUAUGUGGCAUGUGUAAAUGUGUUACAACAUGUGAUGCAUGCAAACCAGAAUGCAUUUCGUACACUUGCCAUUCAAAUCUGUAAUCGACGGUGAAAAGAAAUUGCGGUGGCACAACUAUACGUUUACAUAGUGUAGAAGAGCGCAUGUUUUAAAGGGACAGUUCACCCAAAAAUGAAAAUUCUGUCAUCAUUUACUCACUCUCGUAUUGUUAUAAAUCCUGUAUAAAUGUAUUUUAAGAGAGAUAUUUUAAGGAAUGUUUGUAACAAAACCGUUCAUGAAUCCAAUUCACUUCCAUAGUAUUAUUUUUUCCUACUAUGGAAGUGAAUAGGGCUCAUGAUUGGUUUGGUUACAAACAUUUCUCAAAAUAUAUUCCUUCGUGUUCAUCAGAACAAAGAAAUUUAUAUAGGUUUGUAACAACAUGAGAGUGAGAAACUGAUAAAAUUAUUUUCAUUUUUGGGUGAACUAUCCCUUUAAGCUGUGUGUUUAGCGUGCUGUGUUUAACCCUGCGUUGCGCAGUUUUUUAUUUAUAUGACAACUGUGCUGAAUCUCAUGAAUCCUGAAAUAUUUAUUUAUUGCUUAAAGAAAAUGAAACCUGUUUAUAGGAGCAUUACAUUUUUCUUUAUUAUUUUCGUAACAGUUACGCACUUUAAAACCUAAAUUCUCUCUUAUGCAAAAAAAUAAGAUGCCAAAUAAACGAUGAGCCCCUAAGGGGACAUGGAGAAUUUUUUUUAUAAAGUUUAGUUUCACGUGCACAUUCGAAACUAAACUUUUUUUAAAAAUUCUGCACAUGAAGGUUUUGCGUGAGCACAUGAAAGUUUCACGUGAGCACGGGAAAGUUUAACGUGAGCACAUGAAACUAAACUUUUGAUUUUUUUACUCUAAUGUCACCUUAGGGGCUCGGUACGAUGAUGUAGUCAAAUACCAUAUUUAUACACCAUGGUAAUAUUUGUUGUACUGCCCUUGAAAAUAUUGUAUUACUGAAACUAAAUAGAAAUCACCAUUGCGAAUUCAACAAAGGAAAAAUUACGGGUGAUUAAUCGCAUGCGAAACUAAACUUUGAA